UCGAUUAAAUAAUCAAACAAGGGUGGCCUGCCAAUCAAUCUCUCAGUAAAGCUUUGAGUGACAAGAAAGCGAUCGAUACAAUGUGUUUCAUCUACAUAGAUAUAGGGACUCUCUAUGUAAUAGAAAGGACGCGUCAUGCUUACUAUGCUCAGAGUAGUCCUGAACCACAGUUGACAGAACACUACAAUACUCUCAGCACGAAGCAAUGGAGGGCCCCAAAGCCAACGAUUCGUCUGAAGUUGUGGCCCAAGAGAGCAAGGCCAUGGAACUUGAAGAGUGUGACGUCCGAGGAGCAGUGGUCGCGGACAAGGGCGAGGGCGCCGUCUUGACCUCGUGGGCGGCGGAGGACCUGGGCAAAAAGGGAGACAAUUAUAUGAGUUCCGUGAAGCGCGUGAAGGCCCAGGUGACGAUCGGAGGGCGCGAGGAACAGCUGACGUAUGUUGCCAAAGUCAAGAUGGGCUUUUCCGACGCCUUUAAGGAGUUUUCCAACAUCGCGUUCUUCAAAGAACACGAAUUCUAUACGAAGCUCUUGCCGGAACUGAACGGCGUGUUGGCGGAAGCAGGACUGAAUCCCCUGCGAAUUCCCAAAUUCUACCACUACCGCAAAUCCGGAGAGCGAGAGAUCCUCAUCCUGGAGGACCUCACCGCGCGAGACUUCCUCCUGGACGACCGCAAGAAGGGGUUCGAUAUCCCACACAUGAGUCUGGCCCUUGAGGAAUUGGGGAAAUUCCACGCCUCGUCGUAUCUCUUGCAGCAGAAGACCCCGCACGAGGACCUCAGCGAGAAGCACAAGUUCCUGGGCAUCGACUGGUCAAACUACUGCGAAACGCCGGGGCAGGAUAUGGCGACGUACAUGGCCAAGGAACUGGAUACGGCGGCGGCGGUGGCUGAGAGCUGCCCAGGAUACGAGAACGUGGCUCGGUGGCUGAAGGAAAUCCAACCCCGUUUCACCGACAUUUUCGCGGAACUUUCGAAGAGCCGAGCGCCUUUCCAUCUGGUCUGGCACGGUGACUGCUGGACGAACAACUUCUUAUUCAGGUACAACGCCAAGGGUGAGCCAAUCGACGUCAUGAUGCUGGACCUCCAGUGUUGCCAGAAGGGCUCCCUCGCCGCCGACCUCCUAAUGCUGAUAUACUUGAGCAUCUCCACGGAGUCCAGGAGACACAACCUCGAUCUAUUUCUGCAAGAGUACCUCUCCUCCUUCAGUGCCACCGUGACUGCAGGAGGCCUACCCUCACCGUUCACCCUGGAGGAGCUACGGGAGGAAUACAAUGCUAAAUUCAUAUACGGGGCCCUCAUGGGAGCGGUGUUCAUCCCUGUCGUGAUCGGGGACGCUGAGGACACUCCCGACUACUCCCAAGUGGACGACGACAUGGGAAAGUUUCUCGACGAGCGCAGAAAACAGGUUCUGGACAUGUUGAACCGAAAUCCUUUAUUAAGAGAGAGAAUGUGUGGCUUGUUCGAUGACUGUAUCGAAAAGGGCGUCGUGUCUCCGUGCUAGAGUGUUACAUCAGUGACUACUUUUUUUAUAUCCGGAGAUAAUAAGGUUUAGUGGAAAGAGAAUCUGAAACAUAUCUGUUUUAUAGUAUUUUUUUUAAAUAGAUAUAUUUUCCUUGUUUUCUUUUAAUAUAGGUAUUUUUAUACCUAUUUAUUUUAGCAGCAGUGAAUUCCAAAGAACAUUUUUAAAAAAAUAAUUGUACUUCUAAGCAAAUUACUUUAAUGGUAUAGAACAAUUCAUGAAAGUCACUCAAGUCAAAUAGGAGAUAUAUAGAUAUAAAUGAAGUCGGUGAGAAUAUUGAAAUGAAUAAGAGAUUUUUAGAUUCAAUAGUAGACCCCAGAAUGGAAAGCCUCCUUUAAUUAUACUGAAAAUAUAAACAGACAGCUAUAUAUGUGUUUAUAAUUCCCUGAUUAUAGCUUACGUUAUCUAGAAACAUGAAUGAUAAGACACAAAAGGCUAUAUCUUUAUAUAAUCAUAAAUGUAAACAUGAAAAUGCAUGAUGUAUCUAGAAAUAUAAAAAGUGAAUAAUCAUAA